AGCAAGUCGGAGGCUACACUGUAAACGUGUUUAACAACGCCUUGCGUAUCCAACAGAUGCCAACAAGUGGCCAAACUUGAACAAACCACCGCGGUUCUCGCAAAAAACCAUUCUUCUAUCAUCUAAUCGCUCUCUUCGAAAUAUACGUUCGUAGUGCCUGUUGCCAAUGGAGUCUUUCCCUUAGCUUCGAUCAACGACAUCAACCAACACCCCAUGGCGUACACGCGCCACAUUACUAUUCCUCUGGUCUUCUGGUGCAAUGCCGCCUUGCACCACGUACAGAAGUACAUAGAAUAUCCGGGGAGAGGUGGAGUUUAUGACACACUUAACGUGCAUGCACCACAAUGGUGUGUGGUGUGGAUUGACGAGUGUAACGGUGAUCGAUCGAUCAGGCCUUGCGCGGCAUGCACCCAACUUGGCUUGCUGAAUUACACCACCGUGACGAAUUGAUGGCACACGUCUGCGGACUGCAGCA